UUAAAAGAAAAAUUUAAUAAUGCAACAGUUAUAAUAUCAGUUAUAAUACUUGUAUUAAUCAAUAUAAUGGUUAUAUUUGGUAAUAUAUUAGUUAUAUUAAGUGUUUUUACAUCACAAAAAUUACGUACUGUAACAAAUUUUUUUAUUGUAUCAUUAGCAGUUGCUGAUUUUUUAGUCGGUAUUGCUGUUUUACCUUAUUCGCUUACAUUCGAGAUUCUAGACACGUGGAUAUUUGGUGAAGUUUGGUGUCAAGGAUGGCUUGUGAUUGAUGUUUGGAUGUGUACGGCAAGCAUAUUAAAUCUAUGUGCAAUAUCGGUCGAUCGUUAUUUAGCCGUUACAAGACCUGUUCGUUAUCGUAGCUUAAUGACUGCCAAAAGAGCAAAAUUUAUUAUUGCCUGUGUUUGGAUUAUAUCAUUUAUUAUUUGUUUUCCACCCCUUUUACUUGGUAAACAAGAAUCUUUUUCAACAAUACAACAACCGAAUAUUAAUAUAACCACCACCACCACCGCAUCAUCCUCAUCUUCAUCGAAUGAUUCUUUAACAUAUCAAUUUUCUUCAUCUUCGAUUCCGACCAAUUUUUCGUUAUCUUCUCCUUCUACGCCAUCUUUAUCUUCAAAUUCUUCAACGUGGUUUUCAGCAACAACAACAAGUGUUACAAAUGAAAAAGAGCCAUCGUCUUCCUUUGUAUUGGGCGCCAACAAUCAUGAAUCUCCAAAAACCGAAGAUUAUCUUUCUUCCACCAUUAAUAAUCAAAAUUUUUCAACAACAACAGCGAACAAAAUUAAUGAACGAAAUUCUUCUUCAGAUUUUGAAACAUCAUAUUUGAAACAACAACAACAACAACAACAUUGUAAACCACAAACCGUCCAAUGUGCUUUGUUUCGUAACAAAAGCUAUGUGAUAUAUUCAGCAUUAGGUUCAUUUUUUAUACCAAUGUUUGUUAUGAUAAUAUUAUAUUGGAAAAUAUAUUUAGUUGCAAUUCGUACAAGUCGUGCCUUGAAAAAAGGUUAUCGUAUAACAAAAGCUUCAUGUGAAGAAAAUCAAGAACGUUUAACAUUAAGAAUACAUCGUGGUUAUUGUGGUGGUGGUAGUGUACAAGAAGAUAGUUUACAUGAAAAACGUUCAUCAAUUGAUCAUCAUCAUGACCAACAACAACAACAACAUUGUCAACGAACAUCAUGGACAACAUCAUAUAAUCGUCAAUCAAAAACAAUUGAAACAGCAUUAACAACAUCAACAAAUGAUAAUCCAACAACAAUCAAUAAUAAUAAUAAUACUGUGAUAAUAACAAAUAAAUUAUUAUCACCACCAAAUCGUAUGAUAAUACGUAAUGGUAAUGGUGAUAAUAAUAAUAAUCGUCAUCAUCAUCAUUCAUCAAGCCAUUCACAUACAAGCAGUAUUCAAUCAGGUAGUAGUCCAUCAUCAUCACGUGAAGGUAGUGCACGUAGUAAUAAAUUAAUAACAACAACAACAACAACAACAAUUCCAUCAAGACAAUUAUCACAUCCAAGUAAACGUUCAACAAAAUAUCAAGCAAAACGUUUUCAUGCUGAAACAAAAGCAGCUAAAACUGUUGGUAUUAUUGUUGGUGGAUUUAUUGUUUGUUGGCUACCAUUUUUUAUCGUUUAUUUAACCAGAGCUUUUUGUGUUGAUUGUAUACCAGAUUUAUUAUUUAGUAUUUUUUUCUGGCUUGGUUAUUGUAAUUCAAUGAUUAAUCCAUGUAAGUAUUUAUGAUUUAUAUGAUUGA